AUGGUGGACCGCAAGCAACUGGUGCAGAAAGCCCGGCUGGUGGAGCAGGCGGAGCGCUACGACGACAUGGCCGAGGCCAUGAAGCAGGUGACAGAGCUGAAUAAGCCACUGUCCAAUGAAGAAAGAAAUCUUCUCUCUGUGGCCUACAAGAAUGUAGUUGGGGCACGCCGUUCUUCCUGGAGGGUCAUUAGUAGCAUUGAGCAGAAGACAUCUGCAGAUGGUAAUGAGAAGAAGAUAGAGAUGGUCCGUGCUUACCGUGAAAAAAUAGAGAAGGAGUUGGAGGCUGUAUGUCAGGAUGUGCUGAGCCUACUGGAUAACUACCUGAUCAAGAACUGCAGUGAGACCCAGUAUGAGAGCAAAGUGUUUUACCUGAAGAUGAAAGGGGACUAUUACCACUACCUGGCCAAAGUCGCCACUGGAGAGAAGGGGGUGACCAUCAUGGAGUCAUCUGAGAAGGCCUACAGCGAAGUCCAUGAGAUUAGCCAGGAGCACGUGCAGCCCACUCACCCCACUAGAUUAGGCCUGGCCCUUAACUACUCCGUCUUCUACUAUGAGAUCCAGAACGCCCCAGAGCAAGCCUGCCACUUGGCCAAGACCGCUUUUGAUGACGCCAUUGCUGAGCUCGACGCUCUCAACAAGACUCCUACAAAGGACUCCACGCUCAUCAGGCAGCUCCUCCGCGACAACCUCACGCUCUGGACAAGCGAUCAGCAAGACGACGACGGUGGAGAAGGCAACAAUUAAGGACCCCAGGUGGGCUGGCAGCACACGCUGAUGCUACUACUGCAGGCUUUAUUUUUUUCCCAUGAGUUGUGGGUCGGGUCGGGGAGGGAAAGGGAGCGAUGACCUUCCUAGGGAGAAACCCACAACCUGUCCUGUCUUUGAUUGCCUCUUUGACAUUUUUGCCAAAAUACCACUAGUGGAAAGUCAGGCUAGCUGUGCUGGUAUUGGAAUAGCAGCCUCACACUGGCAUAUGGACUGUUCUGUAGACUAAUGCAAGUGGAGCUGUCCUUAAUUUAACUUAUUGCUAGAAAAUAG